AUGGCCUUGAGACCCGACGACCCCUCUGGUGGGUUCCGGCAUAGCAAUGUGGUGGCCUUCAUCAACGAGAAAAUGGCCGGAGACACAAAAGGCCCUGAGUUCUACGUGGAGAAUAUGUCCCGUUCCUGGGUGGAGGUAGAAGACAAGCUCGGGGCCAUCCUGGAGAACAGCGCAAUGACCAGCGAGGCCAAAGAGGCCUGCGCCUGGGGUAGCCUGGCCCUGGGCAUUCGCUCUGCCCACAGGCAGGGCCAGUUACACGCUUGCAGGGUGCAGUGGCUGCAAGACUUCACCAAACUGCACAAGUCGGCCUCCCAGGCCUUGGCCUCCAAUAUGAAGGAACUCACCGAGCAGCACGAGAUGGAGCGCAAGGAGGCAGCCUGCCAGCUGCAGCUGACCCUGGCCAAACUGGCUGAGGUUCAGAAAGAGAAGGAACUGCUGAGAUGGAAGCUUCUCCGGGCUGAGACAUCAUUUUCCUGGGAAUUUUCUCAGAAGGCAGCAAAGGAGCCAGGCCUGGCUACUACCAGUGUGUUUGGGACAAAAGGAGUAGAAGCACCCCCACCAUCCCCACCAGGGGCAGUGUUCACAGCAGGAACUCCAUCUCAGGCUGCCUACUGGGGACCCUUUGCUGUGGAUGCCCAGGGAAAAGACCCCCAAGAACCUCAAAGAGAAAAGAGCGUCUUUGAGCCCCAACAGCUGAGAUCUCCAGCAUCUGGCAGGACCGAAGAUUGGAACUGCCUUUGGUGUGACCCUGUGAAUUUCCCAGGGAGGGAAAUUUGCUACCACUGUGGGAAAGGCAUCUGGUUACAGAACCCUUAA